UUGAAUCCAUAGCGGUUGGUUGAAGUCUGGAAUGGAGACGGGGAGACGGCUUCAAGGUGGACACACAGGACCUACACCUUACAAUAGGCCUGGGACGGUGAAUCCCAGGACACACACACGAGCCUUCUGCUGAGGAGGAACAAACUGAGGUUUCAGUUUGAGGAAGAGAAUAUUUACCAGGAAGUCACCGAAGAGAGGACACGCAAUCCAUUUCAAACCGGGAUCACCAAUCGAUUGGUGCAGGACUCCAGUGUGUGAAUAAUGGAUACUGAUCCGCAACAGGCCAACACGGUGCAGGCCUUGACGGAGGGAACGGAAGAGGUUGUUCUGAUCGUGAGGAAGAAUGUUGAAGAGGUCCAAAAGAGAGCUGGAAAACUGGCCGACCUCGACGAGAGGGCUGAGGCAUUGAAGAAGUCGUCCAAGCAAUUCGAGAAGACGAGCAUAAGGCUGAAGCGCUCCUAUGACGAGGAGAACAGCUGCUGCAACCAGAAGAAGCGUAAGCUGGUCGUGGUCAUCGUGGUGGGCGUCCUCGUCAUCAUCCUCAUCAUCGUCCUGCUGGCCACAGGGGUCAUCCCCAUGGGCUCCUCCUCCUCCACGCCUCCCCCAAUGCCCACCGCCCCCAAACCAUGAACAUGCACACCCUCACAUCUGUAGCGGCACCAGAGAGUUAUGCUUGCGGGAGGUAUGGGGGGGCUAGAUCGUUUAUAGCAGGUGCUAAUAAAAAAUGUUAACGCAACAACAAAUAACAAAUACAACUGCAUGUGUUAUGGUGCGAAUCGACCAAUCAAAUCACACAACAAGCAGCAACGGUCAUCAUCACUUACGCAAAUGAAAAACAUGAUUUCAUAAUCCAAUUUGGUUUCAUAUAAGUCAGUCCGAUGACUUCAUGUAUGUCUUGUUUUUAAUAUUAUUGUGGCGAUCAGGGCUGUGGUCGCCAAGCGCCACAAAGGAUCCUGGGAGGGGCGGCGGUACCGCCACGAGGCGGUAGUAGGCGAUGUGAUGCGCGUGUGUGUGUGUGUGUGUGUGUGUGUGUGUGUGUGUGUGUGUGUGUGUGUGUGUGUGUGUGUGUGUGUGUGUGUGUGUGUGUGUGUGUG